AUGUCACGUGGUUGUUGGGUGACCAUAAUAACUGUAAUGGUCUCUGAUGAUGAUGAUUAUAAUAACAGUGAUGAUGAUGGUGGUGGAGUUACCGCAUCCCCAAACAAACACGCACACGAACGUAUCCGUUUGCCACGUUCUAGCCAACCCAUACCUAACGUUCUCGUUCUCUUCAUGCUUAACUACGCCAACAAUACAACAUCCAUAGUUGUUGCUGCCAACAUCAACAAUCCCACCACAGCCAUAACAAACAUAUCCGCAGUCGGUUCAGCCACCACCACCACCAGUCACACUCAACCUGCCAAAAUGAAGAUGUCAAAGUUAUCUAACCAAACCAACUCCCAGGAUCCACAGGCUGUUAAUUCGCGUAUCUUUGUGGGCAAUUUGAAUACGUUUCAGUGUUCCAAAACCGAUGUGGAGCGUAUGUUUCAGAUUUAUGGACGUCUUGCAGGAAUAUCAAUGCAUAAAGGUUAUGCAUUUGUGCAAUUUACAAAUCCUUUUGAUGCUCGCAAUGCCUGCCUUGGUGAAGAUGGCAAAAUGGUCUUAAGCCAGACAUUGG